CCUCGUCCUGCUGGGGCUCGGGCAGGUGGUCUGCAGCGUGGCGCUCUUCCUCUACUUCCGAGCGCAGAUGGACCCUAAUAGAAUUUCAAAAGAAGAUGCACACUGUGUCAGAACUUUUCUAAGAGCCCAAGGAGGUAUGCAAGAGUCACCAUUUGAAAAUCAAGAAGCAAAGUUAAUGCCUGACUCUUGUGGAAGUAUGAAACAGGCUCUCCAAAAUGCUGUACGGAAUGAAGUACAGAGUGUCAUGAAAAGAGAACCACCAAGACCAGAAAAAGCUACAAUGCAAGGCUUAGGAAUGGAUCUAUACCAAAGAAGUAAACCUGAGAAGCAACCUUUUGCUCAUCUUAUUAUUGAUGAUAAGAAUAUUCCAUCUGGAACUCGCAAAGUGAACCUUACAUCUUGGCAUCAUAACAAGGGCCAGGCAAACUUAUCAAAUAUGACAUUCCGUGACGGAAGGCUAACUGUUGAUCAAGAUGGAUUUUACUAUCUUUAUGCCAACAUUUGUUUUAGACAUCAUGAAACGUCAGGAAACCUGACUAAAAGAGGGCUUCAGCUCAUGGUGUAUAUGACGAAGACAAACCUUAAAAUAAGACGCUCUGAUGUCUUGAUGAAGGGAGGAAGCACCAAAUACUGGUCGGGGAAUUCAGAAUUUCACUUUUACUCUGUAAACAUAGGAGGCUUUUUUAAAUUAAAAUCUGGUGAAAUGAUAAGUAUCCAGGUAUCAAACCCAUUGCUGUUGGAUUCUUCCCAGGAAGCAACUUAUUUUGGGGCAUUUAAAGUAAGAGAUUUAGACUGAAUCCUUCAAUCUUUAAUGUGUGAUGAUAUUUUUACCCUGGAACUCCCUAAAAAAAAAAAAAAAAAAAGAGGGGGGAAGUGGGAUGGGAAAUGUUAAUAAUUGCUCAGAAUCAACCUGAAGACAUGACUGAAAAUCUCUUGGAUCCCAGUUGCAUUUGGGUAAGCCAUGUAGACACAUAUUUGCCCUGCAGUUAACUCUAGCAGGAGUCCCACAAAUGCACAGAAGGACAAAAUUACAGUUUUCUGGAUUCAGUCUUAUACCAAUUUUGCUUCAUGUGACUCCGCGGGCUUCAGUAGAGUUGUUAUGAAUUUUACAUUGGUGUAAUUGAAAUCAGAAUUAUUCAUCCUAUUGAACUUAUGUUUCCAAAUUCUGUCAUGACAUUGUCUGCAACCGUCUGACUCCAAUGCAGACAUAGAUCAGGGCAGAAUUUGGCUCUCAGCUUUGAUUUGAGGCUUGUUUUGCUCAGUCCUGAGCACUCUGAUCCUGAGACAGCAGAGAUGCUAAAGGUAUUGUCCAUUAACUACAUUGGAUUUGAUGUGGCUUUUAAUAUCCUUAAAGUUGAUCUUGUUUUGCUGGACCAAGGCUGAAAAAUUCUGUUCCUGGCACAAACAGAGCACCAAAACACUGCAAAUUUCUAUUUUACCCAAUUAAAAGGGCUAUUCCAGGGAGAGGGGAAAGAUCUGACCUCACAGUUCUAAAAGGUUAUUUACAGGUCUUUUUUUUAUUCUUGCACAGCUAAUUGCAAAUAUAGAUUGCCAAAGUAUCAUGUCCCUUUAAAGUGUUACAUUGUGCCAGAACCUGCAAAAGCAUUUUUUUUUAGACAAAAGUAUGUAUUUUUAUAUUCUGUAAUAUCUAAAGUUAUAUUUCGGGUGUAAUGUUUUGUGUAAAAAGUGUAAAUUAUAUUGUCCUAUAGUAUUUGAUACAAAAAUAUUUAAAAUCUCUUGCAGUUUGUAUAUUUAAUGUUUUAAACUGUUUUUAAUGUACAGACAUGUUAAACUGGUGCACUUUUUAAUCCCAAUGGGAAAAAUUGCAGCUAAAAGAGGUUGUUUGCAAUUAGCAAAUGUAAUAUAUUUCUUUGUUCUUUUUAACUUAAUAGAUUUCUGUUAAACUUGUCAGUAUUAUCAAGGGGGAAAAAAAAAAGUCACACCAAUGUCAUGAAUAGUUACACCAGACUGCUGGUCACUGGGUGCCUUUCAAACCUAAAGGGUAAUUGUCAUUGCAAAGCUGGCCUUACUUAAAGUAUGUAAUAGGCCACAUUAUGUCUUAAAGGUAUUUUUAGUUACUGAACAGGCAUUUAUUUUCCUAUGAGUUCUCCAAGUUGUAAAUUCCGUAGCUGAGUAAUGAC